AUGACUUCGAGGAUCGCCAUUCUAGGAUCUGGAGAAGUCGGUUCCACAAUCGCCUACUCGCUGAUCCUGAACCCUGUCGCGGGAGAGAUCCUACUUGUCGAUCCCAAGGAAGAUGUUCGUGAUGCGCAGGUACAGGAUCUUUCUGAUGCCACUUUCCACGGCAACACUUCCACCCAGGUACGCGCUGGUACACACAAGGAGGCCGGACAAUGUGAUAUCGUCGUCAUCACUGCAGGAGCAGCACAGAAGAAGGGUGAGAGCCGUACCGACCUCGUCGGUCGCAACCUCAAGAUCCUGGGUUCAGCGAUUGAGGACAUGAAGCCUUUCCGCGACGACACCAUCAUUCUGUUGGUCUCAAAUCCUGUGGAUAUCUUGACCUACUUUGCACAGAAGUUCUCUGGACUUCCCAAGAACCAAGUCUUUGGCAGUGGUACUUUCCUCGACAGCGCACGUCUCCGUGGUAUUCUCGCAGAGAAAUGUGGUGUUGCAGCUAGCUCUAUUGACGCCUAUGUGCUGGGCGAGCACGGUGACUCGCAGAUGGUUGCAUGGUCUCAUGCCUCAGUCGGCGGCGUACCUCUCGAGCUAGCUCUCCCGGACACCUCUAUCGACAAAGAAGCUAUCGCAGAAGACACCAAGAAGAAGGCUGCUGCCAUCAUGGAGUCCAAGGGAGCCACAGCUUUCGGCAUCGGUGGUGUAGCAGCCUCAAUCUGCAAGUCUAUCCUCUUCGACCAAUGCAACAUCAGACCCAUCAGUCACUACCAGAAAGACAUGGAUGUCUGUAUCUCCAUGCCGGUGGUUUUAGGCAGAAAGGGUAUUGUCAGACAAAUUCCCAUGAAGCUCAACGAUGGUGAGAAGAAGGAGGUGCAGCAGAGUGCUAAAAGCCUAAGGGAGAUUAUCGAGGAUGUCGAGAAGGAGCAAGGCAAAGAUGGCAAGUAA